AUGUCCGUACUCGCUCCACUGAACGCUGAGGGGAAGAUUGCCGAACGAAAGGUACAACGGCCAGGCGUGGCAACGCCCAUUUCCACUGAGGGAGACAAGGGUGGCAUGAGAGCAGAGAGAGGGCUGGGUGAGUGUAGUGGGGCUGAAUUCAACCCAGGAGGAGCAGAAUCGAGGCACACACACACCGCUGCCUCUCCCUCCCUCCUCCUCUCUGCACUUCCUGUCCAUGGCAGGGAGACAAGGGGAGACAAGGGCGGCGUGAGAGCAGAGAGAGGGCUGGGUGAGUGUAAUGGGGGAGACAAGGGCGGCGUGAGAGCAGAGAGAGGGCUGGGUGAGUGUAGUGGGGUUGAAUUCAACCCCACUAGGAGCAGAAUCGAGGUACGCACAUGCCGCUGCCUCUCCCUCCCUCCUCCUCUCUGCACUUCCUGUCCAUGGCAGGGAGAAAAGGGUGGCGUGAGAGCAGAGAGAGGGCUGGGUGAGUGUAAUGGGGGAGACAAGGGCGGCGUGAGAGAAGAGAGAGGGCUGGGUGAGUGUAAUAUGGGACACAAGGGCGGCGUGAGAGCAGAGAGAGGGCUGGGUGAGUGUAGUGGGGUUGAAUUCAACCCCACUAGGAGCAGAAUCGAGGCACACACACGCCGCUGCCUCUCCCUCCCUCCUCCUCUCUGCACUUCCUGUCCAUGGCAGGGAGACAAGGGCGGCGUGAGAGCAGAGAGAGGGCUGGGUGAGUGUAAUGGGGGAGUCAAGGGCGGCGUGAGAGCAGAGAGAGGGCUGGGUGAGUGUAGUGGGGUUGAAUUCAACCCCACUAGGAGCAGAAUCGAGGCACACACACGCCUCUGCCUCUCCCUCCCUCCUCCUAUCUGCUCUUCCUGUCCAUGGCAGGGAGAAAAGGGCGGCGUGAGAGCAGAGAGAGGGCUGGGUGAGUGUAGUGGGGUUGAAUUCAACCCCACUACGAGCAGAAUCGAGGCACGCACACACCACUGCCUCUCCCUCCCUCCUCCUCUCUGCACUUCCUGUCCAUGGCAGGGAGAAAAGGGUGGCGUGAGAGCAGAGAGAGGGCUGGGUGAGUGUAAUGGGGGAGACAAGGGCGGCGUGAGAGAAGAGAGAGGGCUGGGUGAGUGUAAUAUGGGACACAAGGGCGGCGUGAGAGCAGAGAGAGGGCUGGGUGAGUGUAGUGGGGUUGAAUUCAACCCCACUAGGAGCAGAAUCGAGGCACACACACGCCGCUGCCUCUCCCUCCCUCCUCCUCUCUCCACUUCCUGUCCAUGGCAGGGAGACAAGGGCGGCGUGAGAGCAGAGAGAGGGCUGGGUGAGUGUAAUGGGGUUGAAUUCAACCCCACUAGGAGCAGAAUCGAGGCACACACACGCCUCUGCCUCUCCCUCCCUCCUCCUCUCUGCACUUCCUGUCCAUGGCAGGGAGACAAGGGCGGCGUGAGAGUAGAGAGAGGGCUGGGUGAGUGGAAUGGGGUUGAAUUCAACCCCACUAGGAGCAAAAUCGAGCCACACACACGCUUCUGCCUUUCCCUCCCUCCUCCUCUCUGCACUUCCUGUCCAUGGCAGGGAGACAAGGGCGGCGUGAGAGCAGAGAGAGGGCUGGGUGAGUGUAACGGGGGAGACAAGGGCGGCGUGAGAGCAGAGAGAGGGCUGGGUGAGUGUAGUGGGGUUGAAUUCAACCCCACUAGGAGCAGAAUCGAGGCACACACACGCCUCUGCCUCUCCCUCCCUCCUCCUCUCUGCACUUCCUGUCCAUGGCAGGGAGUGAUACGCAAUGCGCGACAUUAA